UUGCUUGUUGGCGUGACGGCGUGUUGUGACUAACGCGCAGUCACGCUUUUGCAAAUGGCCUUAUCCGGACACCAUACUUGACGGAGGAGCAGUCACUAACAGUCUACUUUCGGUUUUACGAUGCAGCGGGAUCAAGACCAUUUCACACUUAAAGAAAUGGAGUUUCCAUUCACUUAUUUGGAGGACAUAGAUUUCCUACGGCAAGUAAGGACAUCUGUACUGGACAAUUUAAAUCGUUCCCCGGAAGGCACAUCACCGGAAGUUACCAACGGUUACCUCCCCAAUGAGCGUCCACUGAGAAGGGUAUUCCCGCAAGGGAGAGAACCGCUGGUGUCACUUAUCAAAAAACAAUCCUGCCUGGAAUUUGUUGGGUUUAUUGGUUUCGUAAAGAACGCUUCAGAAUUAGAUGAGGGAAUAAAGAAAGAAAUAUGGGACGUUGAUCUUAAGUUGAUAGAGGAACUCCAAGAACAUGCGAACAUACUUGGUUAUUUUUCGGCUGAGAGAACGGAUGGGUGUAAUUGGGGAAACCUCGUGGUUUUAAACUCCUUUGAUGCAAUAAAUGAAUGGAGGAACUCUCAGACACAUGCGUUAGCUAUCAACCUCCUGUCACCUCGGUUUUACAGCAAAGUUCGGAUCCACACAGGAACUCUGAAGGACGGUUUCUCGGGUGACCUGGAAGUUCAGAAAACGAUUUUCAUUGACUAUGAAUCGUCUUUGCCGCCCAAGAGAUCUGUUGUCUACUGGAAAAAUGAUAUCUGAUUAGAUUUUAUUGCAAAGUAUGAAGUAAAAUGGCUAUAUGAAAUGGCCCCAAUAUGUUAAUUGGUUUAAAAAUAUGUUUUAUGUUAAAAUGUACGUGAUUGAACUCAUUAA